UUAUUCCUCGUUAUUCUUACAACUCAGUUGUACUGUUAUCAUGGAUAUUAACUAUAUUGUUGUAUUAUAUGGUGUAUGUUUGUGGAAUUGUAUGGUCGCCGUGGCGUUACAAACCAAGAUAAAGGCUUCUUCAGCAAGCAAUCACCAAGAACAACUAUUACAACAAUUAACCGAAUACGAGAUAGACUACCCAAUAGAGACCAACCCACGCGGUAGAUACAUUAGGCACGUGACUUCUGUCGACUAUGGGAGACGCAUACGCAGAAGUUUAGACGUCUAUGAAGGUCCCGUAUAUUAUAAUGUACGCUACCGUGGAAAAGACUACCGUAUGAAACUACGACCAAAUGAGAAACUACUUGGUCAAAACUUUACGGUGGAGAGAUUUAAGAAAGGAGGAGACGUUGAGAGAACAAAAUUUAUUGAACAUUGUUAUCUAGUUGGAGAAACAACAGGUUUCAAUCUCAGCGCGGCCAUUAGUGACUGCGAUGGACUGUCCGGUGCCAUAGAAACGCCUGAUGAUAUCCUGUUCAUUGAGCCAAUCAUUAACGAGAACGCUGUGAAGACAAAGAAGAAGGGAAAACCACAUUUAAUAUAUCGACAAUCUGUGCUUAAGAAGAUACAAAGUGUUGCAUUUGAUAUGCAUGGGGAUCUAUGGAAACCUCUGUAUGCUAAGGGCAAUUCAGAUAAAAAGCAGUUUGAGUUCCGUGGAGCAAAAGCAUUCAUAAGAGUUGUAAACAGCGCUAAUCGUCCAGUCAAGGUAUUGUAUCUUGAUGGAGACAAAGAGAAGCUAUUUGCGAAUUUCCCGAUUAACGACGAUCAGGGUAUAAAUACCUUCACAAGUCAUCGAUGGCUCGUACGUGAUACCUUAACUAACAAACGGCUACUGAUUGAUGGGAAAAAACUAUAUGCACCUAAAGCUAACUCGGCGUAUGAAAGGAAAACUGUUUAUAUUACAAUACCAAAGGGCCUCAAGCUUCCAAAAGUCAGGACACCUGAUCCUCCUAACAGCUACCUGAAGGUGAUUAAUAGAUCGGGACGCUUCAUUCAGAUAUUUUACCAUGACACCACAAGUACCAAAAAGACGUUGUUUACAACAGCAGCCCCUGGUGAUGUAGUGAUGAUAAAGACAUAUACUGCACAUCGAUGGACCGUCACUGACUACGACACAGGGAAACCAUUAUGGUUGAACACACGUUAUAUAUUGACACCCAUUAAAAGUGAUGAAAUCAACCGCAUGGUUGUACUGGCUACUGUACCUCUAAAUCUAAUUUUACCAAAAACCAAGUAUCCCGACAUGCACACGGCGAGUACCAAACACAUUGAAGCCAUGGUAACCGCUGAUUCUUCAGUAGUGAAACAUCACGGCAAAGACAAAGUGGAACGAUACAUUUUAACACUCAUGAACAUAGUUUCUAGAAUUUUUCACCAUCCAUCGCUCGGAGUUAAAAUCGAUUUAACAGUAACACGACUAGCUAUCCUUGAAGAAAAUCCUAAAGGUGUAGAAAUCACCCGAAGUCCUGUUGACAGUCUGAACAAAGUCUGCAAGUGGGGACACGAGAUGCGCAAAGGAUGGGACAAAACGUCUAAGAAAUUCCACGACCAAACUAUUUUCCUUACAAGGUCAGACUUUGGACCAUCCGGCUAUGCCCCGGUUGCUAGCAUGUGCUACCGUACAAAGAGCUGUACUCUUAACGAAGAUGACGGCUUCCCAUCAUCCUUCAUUGUCGCUCAUGAAACUGGACACACAUUAGGAAUGGAACAUGAUGGAUUUCAUAACAAUUGCACCAAAGACACGCUCAAAGGUAGCGUCAUGGCGCCGCUUGUACGAUCCAAGUUUGACCGGUUUUAUUGGUCAGCUUGUAGCAGAAGAGAACUUAUCGACCAUUUUCAUGCCCUCUGGUGCUUGGAUGACAAGCCGCAUCAAUUCAACCGCACCCUGAUGCAACAAUUACCAGGGCAAAUCUAUAGCUUGGACGAACAAUGUAAAAUGGACUUCGGGAAUUCAUUUUCUUCGUGUAAAACGCCGUAUGAAAGGAAGAAAUGUAGUAAGCUUUGGUGUGAUGAGUACACCUACUCGAGCUGGUGCAGAACAAGAAACACUCCUCCCCUAGAGGGGACUACUUGCGGCGAACGAAUGUGGUGUCGCUAUGGUCACUGUGUACCCAUGACAAAAGAUGGAUCCUUUGUAUUGCCCACCCUAAAGCCAACGCCCAAACCUGUCAAUGGUGACUGGUCCAAAUGGAGUGCUUUUGGACCAUGCUCCAUGACGUGUGGACAAGGGAUCAAGAUACGAGCGAGAGCAUGCAACGCUCCUAAACCUCGCUACGGUGGCCUGCCUUGUAAAGGGUCAGCUAUCGAUGUUUCUUUCUGUAACAGCAAGCCCUGUUCUAGUAUCCCACCCACAUAUGACCAGAUAAGGUACAAUCAGUGUGAACAACGGGGAACCAAGAAAGAAUGGGUGUUCUAUGAUGUCUAUGAUGCAAAUCUUGACUGCGAUUUUGAGAAUGGUUUGUGCGGAUGGGAACAAGAUGAUCACGACAAUUUUGACUGGACGCCAGCAUCAGGGAAAACCCCUUCAUCGAAUACAGGACCUGGUUAUGACCAUACGUUGGGACCUGGUAAAAAAGGUACCUAUCUAUUUAUUGAAACAUCACGUCCUACGGACGUAGGAUGGAGGGCUCGCCUUAUUAGUCAACUAGUUGCCAAGCAUGUGACAUGUCUAUCAUUCUGGUAUCAUGCGUUUGGUGAUGAUGAUCAUUUUGGCGAUUUUGAAGUGCUUAUUAACACAACCAAGAAGGAAAAAAUGAUUUGGGGCCACUCGGGAAAUAAAGGGAAUAAGUGGUUUCAGAAGCAUGUCACAAUCCUAAGUGUCACGCCAUAUCGGGUUGUUUUUCAAGGUAUUCGUGGAGAUGGCUACAGAGCAGAUGUAGCCAUUGAUGAUAUCAAAUUCACCGAUGGACCUUGCCAUCUGGACAUCUCACCACCGCUUGACGACAGCACUAAUCCCCUGGAAAUCCCAAUGGAACUUUGUAAAACGUAUUGCAUUUCAACAAAGACCCGAAAUAUUUUCAAGUUUCGUGUUCAAGAUGGCGCCCGUUGCUAUGAAAACCCUGCGAUUUUAGAUGUCUGCGUUAAAGGAAGAUGUCAGGUUGUAGGAUGCGAUGGUAAAAUCGGUUCUAAAAUGUUGUACGAUAACUGUGGGAUAUGUGACGGUAUCAAUGAUACAUGUACAUUAAAGAAAGGAAAGGUCGAACUUUUGUCCGAAAAAGAUGAAGCUGUUGUCCUGAAAUGUCCGGUUGGUGCUUCCAACAUCAUGGUAGAAUCGUUAAGCACAAACAAACAUCAUUUAGUAGUGGAAAGCGUAGGUGAAAUACCAGAAACCCUCAUAAAUGGAGGUGCUAACAUGUCUGAACCGGGCGUGUAUAGCAUUGGUGGGACUGAAUUUGUCUACUCACGAAAUAAUAAAACUGAGAAGAUACUUGCUCUGGGACCAAUAAAAGAGCAUCUAGUUGUAAAGGUAAAGAAUUCAGGAAAAGAAUUAAAGACUAAGUUGUCUGGUUCAGUUAAAUAUCAAUAUUAUAAACCAAACAAGCAGCCAACUAUCUAUAAAUGGAAGUCAUUGGGAUGGACUAAUUGUUCCAAGCCUUGUGGCGGAGGAUUUGAAGAAAGAAUAUUGGAAUGCCGCAGAGAAAAGGAUAAUGUGAAGGUUAAGAAAAUAUUCUGCUUUGGUGUCACUCAGCCCAAGCCAACAUCUAGGGAAUGCAAUCUCCAUAAAUGUCCAAUCAAUUUCCACUGGAAAACACACCAAUGGCAGAGCUGUUCAGUUACAUGUAGCGAAGGCACCAGAAGACGUAGGGUGUUCUGCGAGCGGUCGACUUACGGACAAAAGCCAAAACAAGUCCUUAAUUAUAACUGCAAAGGCAAGAAGCCUCCUACAACUGAAAAAUGUGUUAGGAAAGUAUGCGAGGCAAUGUGGGUACCAGGCCCAUGGGGAAAGUGUUCAAAAACAUGUGGUCGUGGGGUCCGUACACGUAACGUCAAAUGUUUGAGUAAGGAUGGUAAGCCAUCGUGGAAAUGUACUGAGAGGUCUAAGUUACCAACGAAAGGCCAUUGUGAUAUGAUAACGUGCGUUCCUGAUGUUCCAGUUGUUCUUGGUAAUCUAUCCUGUACAUUCGAAGCUGGGUUUUGUCGCUGGAGAAAUACUCGCAAAGAGGAUCAAUUUAAUUGGCUAGUAGGACGUGGAACAACAAAAAGUCGUUAUACUGGUCCCAACACAGAUAACACAUUCGGCACAAAAAAAGGAAAAUACCUCUUCAUCGAAGCAUCAGCUCCGCGUGUACUGGGAGACAAAGCUAAAUUAAUUAGUCCUGUUAUAGAGAUCAGUAAAAUCUGCCUGGGUUUCUACUUUAAUAUGCUGGGAGAAAGAAUGGGAGCCCUUAAUGUAUAUCUAAGAACAGAAGCUGGUGAUAAAAGACUAUGGUUUAAGAAAGGAAAUCAAGGUGGGAGAUGGAAUCUCGUCAGACUUCAAAUUACUAGCAGUGUGGCUUUUAGAAUUAUUUUUGAAGGAGUAAGAGGCAAUGGGUUUUCUGGUGAUGCUGCUAUAGAUGACAUCACAAUCUACCAAGGAAAGUGCCCAAAGACAAAAUUUGUAAAAUACGAGUGCUAUGGCGACACGUCAAGACUAUGUAUUUUCGCAGUUCGGUACAAAUGGUGUUCGGCCAAAGCCUGGGGAGAAUAUCUGUGCUGUACAUCUUGUGCUAAGGAAGUUAAAUAUCGACAACAAAGAAAAACACCGGUUCAUCCCUAGGUUAUCAUAAGUCACUCGGUACUGGUCGUAGUCCACUCGACUUUGACCGGUUGGAUCGACUUCGUUCCGACACUGGUCGAUAUUUCAUAAAAAUAGGGAAUAUUUCGAAAAAUUCGUCAAAAAUUUCAACUUCUUUUUUUAAAGAUGUGACGUGAGUCACCAAUUGUUUGACGUCACGAAACGGUUGUCAAGGAGACGAGAUAUAAAUAUAAUUGUAAAUACGAUAUAUAAUUCUAGACUCGUAUGAUAUAUAUACGUUUAUUUGUUCAUAUUUUUCUGUAACUACUGUAGUUAGUUUUACAUUAAAACUGAAAAGUUCUUAUCAGGAUAUCUCUGUAGUCAAAGUGUGUUUGUCAAAUAGAAUGAAAAAUACACACUAACUGACUACGUGGAUAAUAAUUUUUUUAUCGUAUCCAAUAAUUUUAAAUAUAUGAUAUUUCUUUGAUCAAAAUGUUACCUGACUGCAUAAAUUAUUAGUGGUCUACUUAACUCGCCUAUUUUAACAAAACAAUGUACAUUCUUGGACAAAUUUGUGUUAAUAAAAUUUUUGCAGAUGUUUAA